UCGUGACGUCGCUGAGGGGCGUGUCCACACCAACAGAGUCGGUCUGUUUGGAGCUCAUGUAACUGAGGGGGACAGAGCUCAAGUGUUGUUUUGGAAAUCACCGACUGCAAAAAGAGAGGAGAUUUCAGCACCCGUUAAAGAAGAAGAUGGCGGAUGUUGGAGGCGAUGAAAUUCACCCCACCGCGUCCCGCUACAACGGUCCAGUCGUCGGUUCGUCCGCGGGCCAGAACGCAGCAACGGUAACGUCUGGUCCUCGGAUAGUGCGGAUCGUCAAGUCGGAGUCUGGCUACGGUUUCAAUGUUCGCGGUCAGGUUAGCGAAGGAGGGCAGCUCCGGAGCAUCAACGGGGAACUGUACGCUCCCCUUCAGCACGUCAGCGCUGUUCUACCCGGAGGUGCAGCAGACCGAGCGGGGAUAGCGAAGGGGGACAGGAUCCUUGAGGUGAAUGGGGUGAACGUGGAAGGUGCGACCCAUAAGCAGGUGGUGGACCUGAUCCGUGCAGCGGAGAAGGAGCUGGUUCUGGCCGUGCUGUCUGUUCCACCUCAGGAAGCUGAUGGAUUAGAAGGAGGGGAGGAUGUUCAGCCUAACUAUGACUACAGCGACAAGCAGGCUGUGCCCAUUUCCAUUCCCACGUACAAACAUGUGGAGCAGCACUCGGAGAGGUUUGUGGUGUACAACGUGUACAUGUCGGGCAAACAGCUGUGCUCGAAGCGCUAUCGAGAGUUUUCCAUCCUGCACCAGAACCUAAAGAGGGAAUUCUCCAACUUCAACUUCCCAAAGCUUCCUGGUAAAUGGCCCUUCUCUCUCUCCGAACAGCAGCUGGAUGCUCGGCGUAGAGGUCUGGAGGAGUAUCUGGAGCGAGUGUGUUCUGUGCGGGUGAUAGGGGAGAGUGACAUCAUGCAGGAGUUUCUCUCUGAAUCAGACGAGAACUACAAUGGAGUCACAGAUGUGGAGCUGCGGAUAGUGCUGCCCGACAAAACCACCAUCUCUGUCAGAGUGCGUAAAAACAGCACAACGGACACAGUGUACCAGGCGUUAGUCCUCAAGGUUGGAAUGGACAGUAUUAUGGCAAGCUACUUUGCUCUUUUUGAAGUCAUCAACCAUUCUUUUGUGAGGAAGCUCGCCCCAAAUGAGUUCCCCCACAAACUUUAUGUGCAGAACUACACAUCAGCUGUUCCUGGAACAUGCUUAGCGCUCCGCAAAUGGUUGUUCAGCAUCCGAGAGGAAGAGUUGCUCAGAGAUAACCCGCUGGCACUGCACUACUGCUUCCACCAGGCACUGGACGAUGUGAAGAAGGGAUUCAUAAAAACGGAGGACAAAUCCUACCAGCUGCAGAAACUGGCAGAGCAGCGCAAGAUGGCCACAUACCUCAGCCUGCUGCGGACAUGUGAGGGCUAUAAUGAGGUGGUCUUCCCACACUGCUCCUGUGACUCCAGGAGGAAGGGCCAUGUCAUCACAGCCAUCAGCAUCCAUCACUUCAAGCUGCACGCGUGCACCGAGGACGGCACCCUGGAGAACCAGGUAAUAGCUUUUGAGUGGGCAGAGAUGCAGCGCUGGGACACUGAUGAGGAAGGCAUGGCUUUCUGCUUUGAGUACGCCAGAGGAGAAAAGAAACCUCGCUGGGUUAAGAUUUUCACUCCAUAUUUCAACUACAUGCAUGAAUGCUUCGAGCGUGUCUUUUGUGAGCUGAAGUGGAGGAAGCAGGUGGAGGAAGAGGCUUCUGAUAAAGACAACAAAAACUGCAGCAACAGCGAGUAUCUGCCUCCUCUGGAGACGCAACAGAAGGGAUGGCGCCACCUAGGGGGGGAAAUCGCAACGUCCUAAUAAAAGGUUAAUCUUCACUCGAACUAGAACUGAUCCACUCAUCACAGCCACCCACAGAGAGUGUCCAUUGACAAACAGAAGAAGUGAGAGUCUGAGGCGAUCCCUGCCCCAGAACAGGAGGAAGUCCCUCUUUGGAAAAAAGUCACUCCCAAAAUAAAUCCAAGGAUGGGCGGAGUGAAAAGAGAAGAGAAGCAAAGGAGAAUCAGCAUCAGCCAGUUUUCAUGUCAUUUACUAGAUCUCCAACUUGUGUCUAUUUUUUUCUCUCCAUGCAUCUACCCUGUGAUGUUUGGCUCAACAGUAGAAAAGUCUCACCAUUGGACAGUUCAAGGUGUGUCAGCUCAACUUAGGUUGGCCACAGCACAUUCUCGCAACGGGGGGGCACCGCAGUGAAAGAGAUGACUUCUGGGAUGAAAAUUUGGCCCAGAAAUCCUGCAACAUGGGUCUCGGAACAGCAAACUGAGCUGAGAGUAAGGGAAAAAAGAGGAGAGAUACAACAGAAAUGAAAAUCAGUGAUUAAAAACAAGCAAAGUCAUGCUCUACACUACACUGAUGCUGGACAAUAACAGAAACAUGUUUUCUUUUCUGUUUCUGGGGUCCUGUCUUUGUUGGAGAAUAUAAACAGCACAAAUGUAACAAUGGAAAUGGACUGUUCGUAAUUAUUUGUAUGUUAACAAUCAUGCUUCUGAUAUAAAAAUAUAGAUUAAUAUAA